AUGGACGGUGACCGGACACUCAGGGAGGUGUCCGGACACACAGGGGUGGGGCCGUUCGUCCGCCCGCCCGCCAGCCCGUCCGCCUGCCGGCCGUCUGUCAGCCCGUCCGCCCGCCUGCCCAUCCGUCUGCACGUCCGUCCGCCCGCCUGCCCAUCCGUCCACCCGCCCGCCCAUCUGUCCGCCAGCCAGCCAGCCAGCCCGCCCGCCCGGCCGCCCGUCCGCCAGCCCGCCCGCCCACGAUGGCGACAGACGGGAGGCGUCAGUGGGGAAACAGGAGGGCACAGCCCAGAUAUCAACCUUAACUCUCCCAACAAAGGUCUCCUGUCAGAUACGGUGACGGACGUCCCUGUGGAUAACACUGGUGCUUCCGCAGCUCCUCCAAGGCCUCCUUCCUACAAUGGCCUCACUGAAACCGAAGAAGAGGAAUUAAGAGCAGACUUGGUCAAGGUGGAAGAAGAAAUUGGCACCCUACGCCAGGUCCUGGCUGCUAAAGAAAGACACUGCGGAGAGCUGAAGAGAAAGCUGGGCUUGACCCCCUUGGACGGGUUGAAGCAAAACGUCUCGAAGAGCUGGUAAGACAUCCAAGGCUCUAACGCAAACGUUUCGGCCAGCAGCACACUGGAGGACUGGAAUGAGAAAUUAACCCAAUCAGAAGCUUGCAAGAAGACGCAGGAAACGCUGUCGCAGGCGGGCCAGAAGACCUCCGCUGCCCUUUCCAACAUGGAUAGAGUUGCUAUACCAUCUUCUGUGGUGGGAGGUGUCCUGCCAGCAGCCCUUGUUGCCCACUGGAAAACACACCUGGGUCAUGGGCACCAUGAUGUCAUUUCUGGAGAAUCUCUAGGCAUUGCCAAAAGCUCUUGA